AUGAGCACCACUAACAUCACGCCGCCGCUGCGAGCAUCAUGCGAUCGAUGCCGGGCCCAAAAGCUGCGAUGCGUGCCGUCAUCGACCUCGGACGCCACAGCGCCAUGCCAAAGAUGUUUAAGAGCAAAGUCGCCGAAAUCAUGCAUAUUUAGCCAGCGUCUGCGGACGGGACGGUCCGUGAAAGCUGGGACCGUAGAGUCCCGCCAGGCUGCCACCCGCAGAGAGAAGGAAAAGUCUCCUGGGCUGCCCGGGAUGAGUGCGUUUGCGUUGUCCACUCCACCACCGUCAGAAUGCGCAGCGGUCGGGAAGCAGAAAAAGAUGAAUGAGGCGCAUCGUGUUCCAGCAAAACCAUCUCGCAGUAAGAGGCAGUUGGACGGAAUGGACCUUGGAUGUGAAGACAUUAUAUUGCCACCAACAAGCGCAGCAAAGGAACCCCUAGGCACGCCUGUAGAAUUUUGGGAUGUCAACAGCAACAACAACCCAAUACUGCAGCCUGCGGAGUUCAUCUUCGAUGCAGAUGAGUUCACCGGCUCUCCAGAAAUGAUAUCCGACUAUAGCUUUGACGCCAAUGCGCAUCUGGAUGUUCAGGAUUUUUUGCCCCCUUUACCGUAUCACACACCGGUCGGCCUGGAAAUGGAAAUGGAUAUGCUGAUGGCCGAGAAGCCAGGCCCUCUGGUUGACCUGACUGCGCUUCUGGCGAAGAUGUCGCAUUAUGAGAGCCAGCUACCGAAGUUACCAGGAGGUGAUCUGGACAACUAUCCUAUUGGUGACGCCCUCUUCCUCUCCCAGCGGUUCUUCACAGUGCUAUCCGAACAUAACCCUGUUAAUUCGAUAGGAGAAACGUCGCAUCUUGACAUGCCUACAAAAUUACUCACAUUGUCCUGUUAUAUGACCCUAACUCGUAUCCUUAUAUCCGUAUUCGGAUACCUCCAUGGGCGACUCUGCCAGCUUCAAGAGGCGAACUUCCAGAAUGACGGGAUGGGGCACUCUGUCUCCUCCUUGACGGAUAUGCACGCUUACCGCGGCCUUCGCCUAGGUCAGAUUCAACCAAUCUGCGCGUGUGCGGGAAAGGAAUCGGCCACUCGGGUGAAGAAAGCAGUAUCAAUGUUGUUAGCAUCCCUUGAGGGUGCUGAAGGGAGGUUAGGUUUGCCGCCAGACGUGAGAGUGAUACCCGAUGUUCAAGUAGAUACCAAUAUUGGCGGAGGAAUAUCCACAUCGCCCGAUCAAGGGGACGAGAUGAUGGUACUCGAGGAUGGCUUGCUGGUCGGGCUGACGAAUAGCCGCCUGCACAAGGUGGUAAGGGAGCAGGCGAGAGAGCUGCGAGAGAAAGUAGAUGAGGUCUACGAUGUUUUGAAAGGGUUAUUGGAGAUAUAGGCAACUAAAGGUUGGUCAGCGGACCACUUAUCAGGAGAUAUUAGUUAUGCCAUUUCAAUAGACUCACCUCAGAUUAGCUAUAGCUUUUCUAUGAUUGUAUAUGACCACAUACUCAGCACAUAGAUGUGAAUAUAUUUUAUACAGAACCCACCAUUUGAUCAACAGUAGAAUAACCUAAGUCAAUGGAUGCUAGACAUGCAAAUAAGCAGCUAGUUUAUCGAAGAAGAUCGAGUAAUAGUGCAUAAACCAGAAAUUUAUCUAUGCCGUCACUCCAUAAAUUCACCAUCAACUGGUACACAGGGCAGGUUCCCCAGGCCACCACGGUGAGGGCCCAGUAGCAAUCCUAACAUCUGAGAUGAUACAUGCUGAUGCUAUGCUGCGACAUGUCGUACGAUUCGGAAGAAAUACCAGCAAUUCGGAGCUUCUAUUGGGUAUACCUUAUUAAUCGAUUUGGUUUUUCUCCGACUCCGGGUUCGGAUUCAUGACAGCUCAAAUGGGAAGUGUCCGAUGCUCUAUAUGUAAACACUCGACCCAGCACCAGCAUGAUGGGAAUCGAGGUGAAGAGCAGUUAGAAAACGAGUGCAGCUUAUAUAUGAAA